AUGAGAACAUCCACUAGAGCCAUCAUAACGCUCGCAGUGGCUGCGCUUGCUAUAUACUUUUACCCUUUGAUUUAUGCCGGUAACAAAGAGAAAGCGCUUCCAACAGCUGAGGAAAUGCAAAGGGCUGUCCAGGAAGCCUUUGUCCGGUCGUGGAACGGCUAUAAGGAACACGCUUGGGGGUCCGAUAUUUACCACCCAAUAUCCCAAAAAGGUGAGAACAUGGUAGGAUCAAAACCAAUGGGAUGGAUGAUUGUUGAUUCAAUUGAUACUAUGAUGCUCAUGGGGCUUGACGAUGAGGUCAAAGAAGCUCGCGACUGGAUCGAGAAAAACCUCGAUUAUGAUAUCGAUAUGCCCGUAUCUGUGUUUGAAACAACUAUUCGUAUGCUUGGAGGGCUGCUUUCAGCUUAUUAUUUGUCUGGAGACGAGAUGUAUUUGGAAAAGGCUCGUGAUCUGGCCGACAGAAUUCUUCCAGCAUUUGGGUCCCCUACAGGCAUUCCCACUGAAGAAGUGAACUUGAAGCGUGGUGUGCCCGAUCAAGCCUUUUUGUAUACGAUCAGCUCCACUGCUGAAGUCGCCACGCUACAACUCGAGUUCAAGUACUUGGCGCAUCUUACCAAAGACGAAAAGUACUGGCGUGCGGUCGAGAACGUCAUGAAAGCGUUGGAAGCUACGCACAUGCCCAAUCUUCUGCUCCCUAUUUUUAUUUCGCCCAGAAACGGAAUGUUUUCAACCCGUGAAAUCAGAAUGGGAUCUCGCGGCGAUUCCUAUUACGAGUAUCUUUUGAAACAAUGGCUUCAGACAAGCCAGAAAGAAGAAGUCUAUCGUGAUAUGUAUGACGAGACAGUGGCUGGAAUCAAGCAGUAUAUGGUUCAGUAUUCUACUCCCAAUCACCUGCUAUUCAUUGGCGAGUUGCCUCAGGGAGUCGGUGGUGGUCAGUUUUCUCCCAAAAUGGACCAUCUCGUGUGUUUUGCCGGUGGUAUGUUUGCAAUUGGUGCAACUAACGGCAAAACUCUUGCUGAAGCACAAGCAGAAGGUUGGACCACCGAGCAAGCUGAAGACUUUGCCCUUGGAGAGCAGCUGACCCGAUCAUGCGUGGAGACCUAUCUUCAAACUGCGACAGGACUUGGUCCAGAAAUUGUUGUUUUCAAUACUGAUCCUGAUUCUACAAAAGACUUUUUCAUCAAACCCCUCGACAGACACAACCUUCAACGUCCGGAGACUGUUGAGUCUCUGUUUUACCUCUAUCGUCUCACCAAUGAUCCCAAAUACAGAAAAUGGGGGUGGCAGAUUUUCCAAUCGUUUGAGAAAUAUGGCCGACUGGAAGACAGCUCUGGCUAUACCUGUCUGCGUGAUGUUGAAACCCCGAAUGGCGAGCGGAUCGACAACAUGGAGUCAUUUUGGCUAGCCGAGACAUUGAAGUACCUUUGGCUACUGUUUGACGAUAACAACACCUGGCCGCUCGACAAGGUCGUAUUCAACACUGAAGCACACCCGCUCCCCGUUAUCCCCAAGUCAUUCUCAACCGGUUGGGAACGUCUUUAUCCAUAUGCAUAG